AUGGCAGAGAAUGCUGUCUUGGUCGCGAUGCUACUUGCUUGUUUUUCUGCAACGUUAUGCAUGACUCCAGAAGAUGUUAAAAAGCACACUGUAGCAUCGCUAAGUGUAGCACCUGUGGGCGAUGGACAUCACGGCAGAGACUUCUAUAAAUACUUUCUAACUACGUACCCGGAAAAUCGCAAAUUCUACAAAGGCGCCGAAAAUUAUGGUGAGGAAGAGAUCAUGAAAAGCGAGAGAUUUGACAAGCUUGGAGAUGCUAUUUUGUUGUUUGUCCACGUUCUAGCCAACACAUAUGACAAUGAACCGGUAUUCCGAGCCUUCUGCCACAGAGUCAUGCUUGAGCACAAAGACAGGGGCAUUGACCCUGCUUUGUGGAAGAUAUUCUUCAAAAAAUUCUGGAGAGGUUACCUGGAGAGCAAAGGAGCUAAUCUAACCGAUGAGCAAAAAUUAGCAUGGGACACCUUAGGCGUAAUGUUCAAUGAGGAAAGUCAAGCUGCUCUAGCCAAAAUGGGACUUCCUCAUGAGAGCGCAAAGGAGAUCAAGAAGCAUGUUGUUGAGUCUCUUAACGUAGCUCCGGUGGGCGAUGGACAUCAUGGCAGGGAUUUCUAUAAGUAUUUCUUGACAACAUACCCAGAUAAUCGCAAAUUUUAUAAGGGAGCAGAAAAUUACACCGCGGACGACAUAAUCAAAAGUGAACGGUUUGACAAGCUCGGGGACGCCAUUCUACUAUUUGUCCACGUACUGGCCAAUACUUACGAUAAUGAACCUGUGUUUCGAGCCUUCUGCCACAGAGUCAUGCUUGAGCAUAAAGACAGGGGUGUUGACCCAGAGCUGUGGAAGGUGUUCUUCGACAAGUUCUGGAACGGUUAUUUGGAGAGCAAAGGAGCUACGCUCACUGAUGAGCAAAAAUCGUCAUGGCACACUCUGGGAGUGAUGUUCAAUGAAGAAAGUCAGGCAGCGUUAGCCAAGAUGGGACUUCCUCACGCAUGAAUCUUUCGUCAACAGUGAAAUUUAUUAAUAAAUAUUUACUUUUAGGUAUUGCGAAUGAUUUUUGUUUUUGGGCGUGAUUUAAUGCCGAG